AUGGUUAUACUAGAAGUUCUCCUCAUCUUUCUAAGAAUCCAGAAAGAAGAGUCAAUAAUUCUACUCACAAAUAUUCUUACUCUUUCUGUUCCUUUUAUACAUUUUCAUUCAUUAUCCUAUUACGUUAUCAAUCCUUGCGCUUCAGCUUCCACUAAUUUCGAUGACUGUUUCUCAUUCUUUAUGUCAUCUUAA